CAGAUUUGUAAUGCAAUAGUCCCAUUUCCGUCCACCUACAGCUCAACCUACUUUUGUAGCAUUACCUCUGGAGUCCUGCUCGAUAUCAUCUUUCAUUCGGGUGUCAAAUAGAGGUGACGUCACUCGAGAGCAGCCAAAUAUACAGACGAGGGAGUGACGGUCAGGCCUUUUGUCAAGGACUUAUUUCUUGUUCGAAAAUAAGGUGUGCGAGGACACUACUGUAGGACUACAUCGAGGUGUACAGGUACACACAGGAGAACUUGUGACGAUAAAAGACAGUCUAAGGUUCAACUGCAGAGACGAAAAUGGCUGUUGCAGCAGAUUCCGAAAGAGGAACCUUUGUGUCUGAAGAAAUUAGACUGAUUCUCAUCGGAAAGACUGGAGCUGGUAAAAGUUUUACUGGGAAUACAAUCAUUGGGAAGACAACUUUCAAAGUCGAGUGUUCAGCCUCUUCUGUAACAAAAUCAUGUGAACACAUCAUGUUUGAGAGAUUCGGCAGGGACAUUUUACUGGUUGAUUGUCCCGGUUUCUUUCCUACUGGAGGUAGUCAGAAAGAUAUCAAGGAAGAGCUGAGGAAAUGUAUCGCUUUAUCCUCUCCUGGUGUGCACGCAAUUCUGUUUGUGAUUGGUAUAGGGAGGUUUACCGAAGAAGAGAGUAAUUCCGUGAAGAAAUUUCUGAGUUUUUUUGGCUCUGAGUCACAACGUCACGUCAUCGUCAUAUUCACAAGGAAAGAGGAUCUUGAACAGAGUCUGAAAUCUUUCAUUGACACAAACCUCCAACUGAGGGCUUUCAUUAAUAAGACCGGUGAAACCGAUCAAAACUACCUUGCUGUAAACAACAAAUCGACUGACGACAAUGAAGUGUUUGUCCGAUGCUUACUGGAUCUGGUAGAUACACUGAAUGGACGGUUCUUCAUAAAUGAUAUGUAUCAGGAAGCUGAGCUACAAAUGAAGAAAAUUGAGAAAGAAGAGUUGGACAAACUGUUGCACAAUAAUCAAAGAUCUGAUGCGGAGUAUAUCGCUAAUGGUGUGGCGGAAUACAAGCAGACGCUUGCAGAUAGCUCCGAGUCAAAAGAGGAAUCACUGUCAAGGAAGCGACAGGAGCUUCGUGAUAAGCGUCGCAAGCUUCAUGAAAAGGAAGCGAGAAAAUUCGCCAGGAAUCAUUAUGAUGGUUCUAACCGAAUCUGGACAUUGUUGACCAAGGCAGUCGAGGCUGCUCUUUGGGCAGCUUCCGGUAGUUGGUCAUACGGAAUGGCGUUCCUGGAUAGGGCAUUAAGAGUUCUCAGGUUAAAGUGACACUGCUAAACUAUAUGAUAUGUGUGUGUUGUAUAAAGACACAGCAUUCCAGUUGUAUAACUAUAACAGCAACAUUUAAAAGUACUGUCAGAAAUGCUAGAAUAGUGCCUUUGGCCUGUCUAAAAAGGAUAUAAUUUUUGCCGUUAAAUGCGACUAUGCUUGUCGUAAAAGGCGACUAACGGAAUCGGGUGGUCAGGCUCGCUGACUUGGUUGAUGCAUGUCAUCGAUCCUAAUUGCAUGGAUCGAUGCGUAUGAUGUCAAUCACUGGAUUGUCUGGUCCAGACUCGAUUAUUUACAGACCGUCAUCAUAUAGCUGGAAUAUUGCUAAGUGCGGCGAUAAACAACAAACCAACCAUAUCAAUUGCUUGGAUCAAUUCGCAUGAUGUCAAUCACGGGAAUGUCUGCUCCAGACUCGAUUAUUUACAGACCACCGUCAUUUAGCUGGAAUAUUGCUGAGUGCGGCGUUAAACAACGAACAAACUAACUAUGACAAAGAGACAUCACCAUGAGAGACUGUAUGCCUGUAACCCUUAUUUAUUAAUAUAGUUUUUUUCAAAUCUUCCAUUUUAAGAGGCCAUAACAGUUGUUAACUGUAUCAAUCAACAUUGUUCCUAACACAAAACAGGAAGAUAUUUGUAUGAUCAAAAGACAUGAACUAACAACAUUAUUCCAAGUUACGCCAUGAGAAUCAAGUUGGCCUAAUAUGUACCUUAUUGCAGUUUGAGGUGCAUCAGUUGAGAGAAAGAAAGGGUUUGUUUUGGUCGGGAUAUGCACGGAUAGGGGCUGUUGUAAAGGCUUGUACUUGCUUCUCGAAUGCUUGUUUGCAAUUGCUGGACCAUUCGAAACACGCAUUUGUUUCAGAAGGUUGUAUAGAGGGGAGGCGAUGCCAGGAAGGUUUGCAACAAACACGAAGUCAAAUCUAAGAAAUGACACACGUCAUGGACAUUAUUAGAGGGUGGGAUCUGUGUGACUGAAUCUAUUUUUGAAGGAUCGACAUGGAUGAAUCUUAGCUGAAGAUAUGCCCGAAGUAGCUAACUUUUUUUUUUGUAACCAAUUUAUAUUUGCUUGGUUUUAGAGUGAGUCCUGCUUCUUUGAUCUUUUGGAAUACUUCUUGAGGUGACUCAAAUGUUCCAAAAACGUUUUAGAAAAUAUGAUAUCAUCUACAUGUACAUAUAUUAGUAUGUAAUGCCAAUUCAUUUCUUUAUUGCCGGGUGUAGUUUAGGCCGACUUGUGUUUUGUAUCGGGAUGGAGUGGAAAUGGCCAAAAGGGCUACACAUGGGUCUUUUAUUUAUCAUUUUAUAAAUGCUUUAUUAUACUGCUAUUUUCAUUGUUUUGUUUUAAAUCACCUACAUCUGUACAGAUAUGUUUCAGUAUUGUUUUCAUUCUCUCCAUUAGUUGAAUUUGAAAUGUGCCGUAAAAUAAUUUCAGCUCUCUUUUCAGAAGAAAAUAAAUCUCAGCCUCUACAAAUGAGGAAAAGUGUUUGGACAGACAAGAUCAAAGUAAUGAUAGAUGAAUAGGACUGUUAAGUGUACUUAAUACACAUCCAUUCUCGUGUUAUGAUCACAAUGCAUACGAUAAAAUUGAAGAAUCACAGGCUGGAUUUUGCAAAGGUUACAGCACAUUUUAGUCUUUGUUUUUGUUGAUUUUUUCAAAAGCCUUCGACUUUGCGAAUACAACCAAAUUGUGGUGUAUACUAAAGUAUAGCGUUAAAUGCUUUGCAUUCUAUUUAUGACUCUCUGAAAUCAUGUGUAAGAUAUAGUGAACUUGUUUCAGAUGUUUUUGAAUGUCCAUUUUGGGUCUUAGACAAGGUUGCGUUUUGAACCCAUUUUUGUUUUUCAUGUUUUUAAAUGAAUUAGAUCAUACUGAUGAAUCCUCUUGUUCGCAUGGUAUACAUCAUGCCUGGUGUCCUGACUUCGUCCAAGUGUUUCUCUUACUCUCUGACGACUUUAUACUUAUAUUUGACUCUGUAAAUAGUUUACAAAAAUAAGUAUGUAUAUACUAGAACAGUUUUGUAUUGCCUGUCAUUUAAUUGUAAAUCGUGAAACAAAAGUGUGACAAUUGUUGUGACAUGAUAUGUCAAACAGCAGAAAAGGGUAAAAUUAAUUGGUCUUCAAAGUAAAACAUAUUCUUUUUUUCUGUGGGAGCAACGAUGAACGUAAUAAACCAGCUUUUAUCUCAGAAUUCGUAUUUCGUUCAAAGGCAAUAAACAAGCAAGACUGGCACGAUGUGCUCCUUCGGGGCACCAAAACAAAUAGUUAUCCACUUUAUAAACUUUUGCUCGGAAUUGUACCUUAAAGUUUCAAAAUAUAGAGUAGCCCUUGCUCCUUUUGGAUGAAUUUCACAAUAAAACAAAAUAAAAACAGGAACAUGUAUUCGGCAACCAAAAGAACGGCGAGUGUGUGAAUUAUGUAUCUGUUACACUGUGGAAGAUGAGUUUCACUUUUUACUAUUUUUAAUGCAAACGUAACUAUCCUUCCUACUGCUUUUUCCUGAAUCACUCUUACCAUAUUGGCGUGAAUUGAUGAGAAACGCUACGUUGUAUCCCAUCAGAUGUUUUCACUUAGCUCUCUUCCCGAUUGAGAUUUUAACAUCAUAGUCACGAAGCGUAUUGCCAGAAUUAUUGUGGGAUAAUAUAAGCUGUCGGCGCUCAAUGACAUGCAGUCAACAGAGUCGCUAACAUGACGAUCUGAUCCAGUAAAUCACCUUGUAAGCUGUGUCUGAAACUCAGCAGAGUAAACUGAGAGCCUUAAGGGCCCAAGCUUUUACUGCCAUCACGCAGACUUCCAAGAGACACUGUAGCGAGAGAUGAUGUCUAUAUUUAUCAAGGACAUAAUCAGCUUGUGAAACUUCAUUGCUACUACCUGUCAUACACAAUUUGAAACGUCUUACUGUUACUUUGUAAAUAUGUAAGUUGUGUUGAUCACAUUAUUUAAAUAAUGCGUUUAUAACUUCAUUAAGUUCGUUUUAUAUAACUUCGUUUUAUAUAACAAAUUAAGCUAACACAUUCAUUGCGUCAAUAUAAAGCACCAAGGAAGCGAAAAUUAUGGCGAGUUUAAGAUUUCAUAAUAGAGUUAUCCACUAACAUUUCUUUUUCAUUUUCAUUGUUAAAGUAAUCGGAAAAUGAUGAUAAAAAGAAUUUAAAGUACGAUCUAUCUUCAUAUAUUUCCAAUAAUAGUGGCUUUCCGCUCAGUGACAUGAAACAAUGAAAAAAUACCGGGAAAUACCUCCGUUUUCGAACCGAAAAGUCUUUGCUUAAAUUGUGUAAUUUUGAACUUUUGAACCAGGAAAUCGCGAGCUAUGCUUAAAAUAAGUACACAUCGUGCUAGGUUACGACCUGUGACAAAGAUUUCGCACGCAUAUAUUUUGGCAUUAAACCUAACAAUGGCAACAACUGUCGAGAUGUCAUUUGAUUAACAUUACACAAUCGCAUGAAACGAUGGAAAUAGAUACUUUUAUAUGUUUGACAAUUAUUGGAAAUAUGUUUGUAGAUUUUUUUUAAUCACUUUAUUGAAUGUAUUUACGAUUUGCUUGGAACGUCUUUAUAUUGCUCUUUGGUAUGUUCGAUAUGGACCCGUUGUCGUGUUACAGAUAAUUUGUUUUUCAGUAGCAUUGCUGGAAAUAGUUAAUAAUUAAACUAAAUUAUCCAUUGAUAAAAUAUGAUAAAUUGAAAUGAAAUCCGUAUUUUCUGACCUUGUGAAAAGUGAUAGAAUUAAUAAAUGGUAGCUUCAUGAAA